UUUCGCUUAUACCAGUGGCCCAUGCUCAAGGGAGUCCUAAAGUCGUGGUGUCCAUAAAGCCUGAUACACAUGUGUUCAUUGGAGAGAAUGUUACUCUCAGAUGUGACAUACAGAGAGGAGGAAGCACUCAGCGGACAUACAGCUGGUAUAAAAAUAAUAACACACUCACAGACAACACAAUGCAGGAGUUCAUAAUCCGGUCUGUUACUGACUCUGACAGUGGUGUCUACACCUGCAGAGGACAGAGCAGUUUCUUUCAGAGGUCAGAGAUCAGCGAUGCUGUUACACUGACUGUAUCAGUAAAACCCAAACCGACUGCGAGAGUGAAUACUCAGAGCUCCGUCUACACUGGAGACACCAUCACUCUGAGCUGUGAGCUGCAGCAGUCGACUGGAUGGAAGUUUCUCUGGUACAAAAAUAAUCAGCUGUUACAGCUUCUGAAGAGUGAACAAGCACACACACUUAAUGUGACAGCCAAUAAUGCAGGAGAAACAGUGUACCAGUGUCGCGCACGCAGGAGAAACUACUACACAAUGUUCAGUGAUCCUGUCAGGAUUACAGCGAGAGAGAGACCACGGGCAGUACUGAGUGUAUCUCCACAGAGCUGGCUGACUGAAGGAGACUCAGUGACUCUAAGCUGUGAGGUUACAGACUCCUCUACAGACUGGACAUUCAGCUGGUACACAACUGUUCCCUACAGAGAUGGCUUAACUCAAAUAAAAAAUAAUCGUGGCUAUAGCAUGUAUGUGGAGCUCCUCUCAGACAGCAGCAGAGGAUCUGGAGGCAACUACACUCUCAGUCCUGCUGCUCUGAAUCACACAGGAGUUUAUAUGUGCAGAGGAGAGAGAGGAGAACCAGCCGUUCACACACAGUACACCAAUCCACAGCCACUAUGGAUCACUGGUGAGGAAAAAUAA